AUGGCGCCAGACUUCAAUGGUGAGACGAAGAUCAAAAUCGGAGAGCCAGCUUCAGAGGAAGAAAUGACAGGAAGACAGGAAGCUUUGAUUGAAGACUCUGGCAGCCUCAACGAGGAUGUCUUCCAGCACUCCGAAGGCAAAGAACUCUGUGAGUUUGGGGAUGAACUAAAUGACCAGAAACUCUUUAAAAGAAUACAGUAUAUCUGUGAUCAGUGUGGCCAGAGUUUUCCUUGGAAUACAGGUCUUAGUAGGCACCAAAGGACUCACCGGGAGAAACCUUAUGAAUGUGGUGAAUGCGGAAAGGCCUUUCGGAUAAGCUCAGCCCUGGUUCUGCAUCAGAGAAUUCACACUGGAGAGAAACCUUAUCCUUGUAAUUGGUGUAUUAAAAGUUUCCGUCGGAGCUCGGACCUUAUUAAACAUCAAAGAGUCCACACUGGUGAAAAACCUUACAAAUGUGAUGAGUGUGGGAAAGCCUUCAGUCAGAGCUCAGAUCUUAUUAUACACCAGAGAAUCCAUACAGGAGAAAGACCCUACCAGUGCAGCCAUUGCGGUAAGAGCUUUAGCCAGCGCUCAGGCAUGGUUAAACACCAGCGAAUCCACACUGGAGAGAAGCCUUAUAUGUGUAACCAGUGUAACAAACAUUUCAGCCAGAGCUCUGAUCUUAUAAAACAUCAGAGAAUCCACACGGGGGAGAAGCCAUAUAAGUGCAGCGUGUGUGGGAAGGCCUUCAGUCAGAGCUCCGACCUCAUUCUACACCAGCGCAUCCACACCGGGGAGAAGCCGUAUCCGUGCAGCCAGUGCAACAAAAGCUUUAGUCAGAAUUCGGACCUGGUUAAACACAGAAGGAUCCACACUGGAGAGAAGCCGUACAAAUGCAGUGACUGCGGGAAGGCUUUUAAUCAGAGCUCCGUCCUCAUCCUGCAUCAGAGAAUCCACACCGGAGAGAGGCCCUAUCCGUGCAGCCAGUGCGCCAAGACCUUCAGCAGGCUUUCCGACCUCACGAAUCACCAGCGGGUCCACACUGGAGAGAAGCCGUACCCCUGCAGCCAGUGCAGGAAGAUGUUUAGCAGAAGGUCGGAUCUUGUUAAACACCAUAGAAUCCACACUGGGGAGAAGCCGUAUGAGUGUGACGACUGUGGUAAAACAUUUAGCCAGAGUUCCAACCUUAUCCUCCACCAGAGAAUCCACACUGGAGAGAAGCCAUACCCCUGCAGUGGUUGUUUUAAAAGUUUCAGUCGCCGUUCGGAUCUCAUAAAACAUCAUAGGAUACAUACUGGAGAAAAACCGUAUACAUGUAAUGUGUGCAAUAAAAGUUUUAGUCAAAGUUCAGACCUCACUAAACAUCAGAGAGUCCAUUCUGGUGAAAAGCCCUACCACUGCGAUAGCUGUGACAAAGCCUUCAGCCAGAGCUCUGACCUUACCCUCCACCACAGAGUUCACACAGGAGAGAAACCGUAUGCGUGUGCUUGGUGCACCAGAAGCUUCAGCCAAAACUCAGACCUUAUUAAACACCAGAGAACGCACACUGGGGAGAAGCCGUAUAAAUGCAGUGUGUGUGGGAAGGCCUUCAGUCAGUGCUCAGCAUUGACUCUUCAUCAGAGAAUCCAUACCGGGGAGAAACCGUACCCGUGUGCUCAGUGCGGCAAAAGCUUCAGUCGGCGCGCUGACCUCAUUAGCCAUCAAAAAGUCCACGCUGGGGACAAACUACAGCUAUGAAAGCCGUGGGAACCCGGCAGCACUGUGACCAGUCUUACUGCACUUCAGAGGAGCCACGCAGACGAGAAGCUCUACCCUCGUGCUCAGGGUAGCAGAUGCUUUAACAAACCUGAUCUUGAUGGUUUUAAGUGAAUCCGUUCCAGCCAGGCAGUAGUGGCGCACAGCUUUCAUCUCAGGACUCGGGAGGCAGAGGCAGGCAGAUCUCUAAGGCCAUCCUGGACCACAGAGCAAGCUAUGCA